UCGAUCGGAUUUGUGCGCUCAGAGAAGAGGCGGAUUAGCGGGUCACAUGACCGCUUCAGUUUCUCUCACUGCUGAAGCAGAUCCUCGCAUACACACUCCCUCUUCCAAACACACACACUGCACACCCGAAAAUCCCCCUCUUACGAGGAAAGAGGAGUGUCGCUGGGUGAGAGUCGCUUUUUGCGCUUUAUGAGUGGAACUGCGGACUGUUUGUGGAGUUUGGGGGCUGUUUUUGUCGUGUUUAAUCCUUUGAGGUAAUCUGGGACUCUUGAGGCGGGAAUGAGAGAGAUGCGCUCCAGCGUUUACUGGACUUUCACUCUGUGAGGAGCAAACAGGUGAAGACCGCAGGAAAAUACAGUAGAGAUGAGUGGCGAGUCGAGACAGGGGGUGGUGACGACCCCUCCGCCCCCAAGCGUGGGGAAAAGGGAGGGCUACUUCGACCGCAUCAACGAAAACGACCCUGAAUACCUGCGUGCACGCAACAUGUCACCCGACCUGCGACAAGACUUCAACAUGAUGGAGCAGAAGAAAAGGGUCACACAGAUACUACAGAGUCCAGCUUUUAGGGAUGAGCUAGAGGGACUGAUCCAGGAACAGAUGAACAAGGGGAACAACCCCACAGGACUGCUCGCUCUGCGGCAGAUCGCAGACUUCUUCAUGGCCAGCUCUGUAGCCGGCUUCUCCACCUCCCCCCUCAGUUUGGCCAUGGUGACCCCAAUAAAUGACAUGUUCAGCAUGGAGUCCAGUACUAUGGUGAAGGGAGAGAAACAGAUCCGCUGCAAACUGGCCAGCCUCUACAGAUUAGUGGACCUGUUCAGUUGGGCCCACUUCACAAGCUGUUACGUUACAGUUCGUGUCAGUAAGGAGCAGGAUCAUAUCCUCAUCAUCCCCAGAGGACUCUCCUUUGCUGAGGCCUCUGCGUCCAAUCUGGUAAACAAACUGUCUGUCUUGCGUUAUCACAGCAGAGUCUGA